AUGACCGGCGGGCCCGGCCGCAGUGCCUCCGACGCCGAGCGCCGCGGCACACGCGCGCCCGAUAAUGACCGACAACACCCCCCGCUAAGCGCCCCACACAACCCGUCUGGGGCUCGGACCCUCUGCUUAACAGAAUGGCAGCUGCCACAACGUGCUAACAGUGAUAAAUCAGUGAAUUUGACUAAAGUGAAACAGAACUCACAAUCCAAAAUGAGACAAGACAGCGAUGCCUCAGCCCUGGCUGAGAGAGUAGCCGCUUUCAAAAGCGACCCCGAAAAGCUCCGGCAGGCCACAGAAUUUGUUGACCAACUCAUAGAGCAAGCUAAGAAAGAGGCUGAACUAAAACAAAAAGAGAAAGACAGAAGUAAAUUCGAACCACAAGACCCAGCUGCGGGCAACCUGAAGCGGCGACUGGGACGCGCGCGCGGCUUCGUGCUGCGAAUGUUCGACGCGCUGUGCAACUGCACGCAGACGGCCGCCGCCGCCGCGCGUACCACUGCACGCAACAACCCCUUCACCAAGCGUUAACGUGCUUCCGAAGUAAUCCGAAGACCGCGCCUCAGCGACCCACCUGACUUGACAACCCUAUGAAGAGCUUUGACUUCGCGCGUCCAUAGCAUCGAUGACCCAACUGGCUGAAAAAAAAACAACCGAAUGGAGAACCUCCUCCUUUUGUUGAAGUCGGUUAAAAAUAACCGUCACGACGUGAUUAGCUGCUUCGCUAGAGCGAGAAUCGCGCGUCUAGACUGACUUCAAAGACACAAUGAAUUAAAUCGUUACUUUCUCGAAACACAAACACGUUUCUCGCUCUAGACUAAGGGCCAUGGACUUCUUCGGAUGUCGAACUGGCUCUGUAAGAAACCAUUCAAAGAGACUCAAGGAGUGGUAACUAAUUUCACUAGACAAGAAUCGCAUAUCGGCUAUAGAUUCGAAAACCCAACUGGCUUUAAACAUUCCAUUAAUGGAGCGCUAAUCAGCUUUCUUGACCAUCCACCAGCAGAAAAUCAGAAUAGUCAAAGAUUAAACUAAGCCACGAAUCCUUGAUUUUCCACCCUAUCCUUAAUAUCGACAUUCGAUUCAAUCGACCUAAAAAGUUUAUUCAUUCCCUUACCUUACUUAAUGAUGACUGAUUUGAUUCCGGAUCCCUUCCGAUUUACCUCAGCCACAAUCACAACUACUUACGCAGCGUAUUUUGUUGUAGUAAUGAAAAGAAAAUCCUUUUUGUGAGAAAAUGAAAUUUCUUGCCAUAUAAAAAAUCCAUUUUCUGGUCUAGCGGAGCGUAGUCAUAAUGUUCAAGCUCAUGCCUACCAGAAAUCUUUUUCUUUUCCGUGUUCCACGUAGAAAAUAUUUAAAAGAAUAAUGAAUCUCCUUUCUAAACCACUGGGUAUAACAGCGUCGAAGUUAUGGAAGGUUGUACCUACAGGAAAACGCUCUAAAUGAAAGUCUCAAAUUACGAUCCAAAGGUAGAAGUAGAUACACUCAAGAAUAUUAUAAUAUGAUUGUAAUCAGUUUUAAUGUAAUAUCAACAGCAGUCCCACAUAGUAAUCUGUCUACACCUUUCCCCGAUUAGUGUCUUCCCUGAACUAUAGUAACUUACCCCUUUAACAUGGUGUUAUGUGAUCGGUGUGACGACGCUUAUAGUGUAAGAUAAUGUAUUUAGCAAUAUUUAGUAGAUAUCUGGCAUACCUACACCAUGUACGACUGUCCUAUACUGUGUAUUUUCGAAUGUUUUAUCUGUUUGGAAUAUUGUAUACAGUGACGAAGCUUACACUUUAUUUUCUUUCUGUCUUAUAUUUAACAGUGAUAUUCAACGAGGGCGACCAGGGUGGCGAAGACAUGUAAAGGAAAUCUCAUAACUUAAAAUUGUUACUAAGAGAAUUGUAACCUAAAAGAUCAUAGCUGCGUAAGACGUUACAAACAGCAAAGAGGUCGUGAAAUAUUUUUCCAAAGACGGUCGCGCUCAUGAAAAGUUGGAAAAUCACUGUUUAGAAGCAUCGACUCUACGAGUGCGCAACCUUUACUAACACUUUUCUAACUUUUACAAUGUAUGUAUGUUCGUAUUUAUUGCGAAAUUAAAUAUGUACUUUAACACAUAAGUUUAUUUAAGGCUAUCUAUUAAGUCGAAUUUAUAAUUUGUUUACAAUGGCUUAGCACAAAACAUCACAUGCUCAAACUCUCACGUUUCUUUGUGUUUAUCAGUAUUACGUGAAAUUUCCUUUAGGUGCCGAUUAUAAAUAAAACGUAUCUGUAUUAUGUAGUACAUGUUUUCUAAUAAAACCUAAAUGUAAGCAUAUAUCUACUUAUAAUAUAUUUAUGGAUGGGAUCUAGAGAUAGUCUUUGUUCUCUGAAAGAAAACAAUUACGUUAAAGCUAGGAUUCUAGGAUGAAAUUGAGCUUGGAAUCAGACAUUAAAAUUGUAUGGAUGUAUUAAAUGGAUGUUUAAAAUUAUGCGAUUAACAACUAUAAUUGAGAAAAUAUAUUAUUAUAUUUUUCAGGUUCAUAAGUAGAUACCUACGUAAUAAGUAAGAUGAAUCUAUGUUUGAAAUAAAUGUUCAAUGUGAUAUCCUGCCUAUAACCUUUACUUCCGGUGUGUUUUCUCUUAAAUAAAGUGGUUUUGUAAAUA